AUGCCGCACAAUGACGUUCUGGUGGUAACCUUUCACGUCAAGGACUUUGAUGUUAAGCACAUUUUGAUCGACCAAGGUAGCUCAGUCGAGAUCAUAUAUUAUGACGCCUUCAAGCAGCUCAAACUCAAAGAUACAGAUUUGGCUCUAGAAACUUCGCCACUGGUUGGUUUUAACUCACAACUGGAGUGGCCAAUGGAAAAGAUAAUCCUACCAGUCAAAGCCGGAUCCGUGGUCCAGCAGGUGGAGUUCUGGGUGUUGAAAGUGCCCUCCACAUACAAUCUGAUCCUAGGUAGGGAAUGGCUUCACGCCAUGCGGGCGGUGGCGUCAACCUACCACCAGGUUAUGAGGUUCCCCUCUACUAUGGGGGAGGUUGAAGAGAUUUGGGGUGAUCAGGUCAUGGCUAAGCAGUGUUUCGUGGCAGUGAAUGAGAGUCGAGCAGAAAAAGGCUUCGUGCAAAUGAUUGAAGGCCCAAAAGAUCAAAAUAUCCUGGAUGAUGUGGGCACUAGGGCCGCAGAAAAGGCUGUUGAAGAUUUAGUGGAGGUACGGAUCGGCGCAGAUAAUCCUGGCAAGUUCUUUUUGUUAGGAUCCAGCCUGACCGCCUAA